AUGCCACCGACAGGGAGGGGAAUGGACAACAAAGGCCCAAAACCAAAAUUGUCACAAGAGGUCAGGAAAUGCUGCAGUUUUGAUGUCAUCUGCUGUAAAAGUACAUAAACUCCCCAGGGCCAUUAGAAAAACAUGUCUUCCAUCCACCAUUGGGAUAGCCUAGCUAAUUUACGUAUUUCAAUCUGUUCUCAACUCAGACAUAUCCAUUUCCAUUUAUUAGCUAGUCCAUGCAAAUCCAUAUUGAUUGUGUUGUAGAAUUUGAGUUGUCUUUUCUCUUUCAUUGCAAUAGGUUGAACAAACAUCUGCAUAUUGUGACAAUUCUCCAGCAAAAAACAAAAAAGCGCACAGUGGUAAAACACCAGCUUCAAUCUCUUCAGGUUUGUUUGAGGCUGCACUUGCAGGUAUGCACACAUUUGCGUUAGGAAUAAUUUGUAUCUCUCUGUUUCAUAGAUCAGAAUGAUAAAUGUUUGGCUCAAUUGAUACCAUUUUAAAAGAAAUAAUAUAUCUAACAAUCGAAUGUAGUUCAGAAUGAAGUAGUGUGGCGCUUGCAACGCCAGGAUAGUGGGUUCAAUUCCUGGAACCGCCCUUAAGUAAAAUGUAUGCACUUAUGACUAAGUUGCUAUGGAUACAAUUGUCUGGUAAAUGGCAUGUAAUGUAAUAUAUAUAUAUACAUACAUACAGUACCAGUCAAAAGUGUGGACACACCUACUCAUUCCAGGGUUUUUCUUUAUUUUUACUAUUUUAUACAUUGAAGAAUAAUAGUGAAGACAUCAAAACAAUGAAAUAACACAUGGAAUCAUGUAGUUAAACAAUAUAUGUUAUAUAUCAAAAUAUAUUUUAUGAGAUUCUUCAAAGUAGCCACCCUUUGCGUUGAUGACAGCUUUGCACACUCUUGGCAUUCUCUCAACCAGCUUCACCUGGAAUGCAUUUCAAUUAACAGGUGUGCCUUGUUAAAAGUUAAUUUGUGGAAUUUACAUUUACAUUUUACAUUUACAAUUUCUUUCCUUCUUAAUGCGUUUGAGCCAAUCAGUUGUGUUGUGACAAGGUAGGGGUGGUAUACAGAAGAUAGCCCUAUUUGGUAAAAGACCAAGUCCAUAUUAUGGCAAGAACAGCUCAAAUAAGCAAAUAGAAAUGACAGUCCAUCAUUACUUUAAGACAUGAAGAUCAGUCAAUAUGGAAAAUUGAAAGUGUAGUCGCAAAAAACAUCAAGCGCUAUGAUGAAACUGGCUCUUAUGAGGACCGCCAAAGGAAAGGAAGACCAAGAGUUACCUCUGCUGCAGAUUAUAAAUUAAGUAGAGUUAACUGCACCUCAGAUUGCAGCCCAAAUAAAUGCUUCACAGAGUUCAGGUAACAGCCACAUCUCAACAUCAACUGUUCAGAUGAGACUGCGUGAAUCAGGCCUUCAUGGUUGAAUUGCUGCAAAGAAACCACUACUAAAGGACAAGAAGAAGAAGAGACUUGCUUGGGUCAAGAAACACGAGAAAUUGACAUUAGACAGGUGGAAAUCUGUCCUUUGGUCUGAAGAGUCCAAAUUUGAGAUUUUUGCUUCCAACCGCCGUGUCUUUGUGAGACGCAGAGUAGGUGAACAGAUUGCUCCUGUAAGUCGCUCUGGAUAAGAGCGUCUGCUAAAUGACAAUUUUUUAAAAUAUAUUAAAAAAAAAUUAUAAUCUGCAUGUGUGGUUCCCACUGUGAAGCAUGGAGGAGGAGGUGUGAUGGUGUGGGGGUGCUUUGCUGGUGACACUGUCUGUGAUUUAUUUAGAAUUCAAGGCACACUUAACCAGCAUAGCUACCACAGCAUUGUGCAGCGAUACGACAUCCCAACUGGUUUGUGCUUAGUGGGAUUAUCAUUUGUUUUUCAACAGGACAAUGACUCAAAACACACCUCCAGGCUGUGUAAGGGCUAUUUGACCAAGGAGAGUGAUGGAGUGCUGCAUCAGAUGACCUGGCCUCCACAAUCCCCCGACCUCAACCCAAUUGAGAUGGUUUGGGAUGAGUUGGACAGCAGAGUGAAGGAAAAGCAGCCAACAAGUGCUCAGCAUAUGUGGGAACUCCUUCAAGACUGUUGGAAAAGCAUUCCAGGUGAAGCUGGUUCAGAGAAUGCCAAGAGUGUGCAAAACUGUCAUCAAGGCAAAGGGUGGCUAUAAAAAUCUCAAAUAAAAAAUAUAUUUUGAUUUGUUUAACACUUUCUUUCCUACAAUGUAGAAAAUAGUAAAAAUAAAGAAGAACCCUUGAAUGAGUAGUUGUGUCCAGUCUUUUGAUUGGUACUGUAUAUUUUUUAAAUAUGUGUUUGAUACAGAGCAAUUGACAUUACUGCUCUUUUUAUUUUACUUCAAAUGCUAGGUGCAAAUAGAGAGGUCAACAUGCUAUUUUCCAAAUACUCUGAAGUGUUGAGGUAGGUACAACAAAGGUAACGUGACAAACAUGUUGAGAACAGGUUUUCAUUCCGUUCUUCCUAAUGUCAGACCACAUUUUGGAGUUUAAAUUUCAGUGCUUAGCCCACAUCACAUAUUACUUUAAGUGCGCAGGCAAGCAUACUGCAUACACACAUUGUUUUUUGUUAUGAUAAACAAGCAUUAGGUGAAUAUGCUUUUCUUGAAAUCAUCUGUACACACCGUCAUGUCCAUCAUACAUAAUGACUUUGUUUCCUACAGUGAGAGGGCUGCAAUAGAUGCCUCACAAGUUAGGGAGUUGGAAGACAUAUUGAUGGAGGCCAGAAACUUGGAGUCACACCUGAAAGAGAAGAAAGAUCACUUGAGGCGUACCUUGGCUAUCAUUUCUGACAAACUGCAGGGAUAG